CCAGCGCGGCGGAAGAGCAGGCCGCUGCCCACCGCACAAAGCGCGGCCGGCCCGGGGGCUCCGGCUCCGCACCGGUAAGCUCCCCCAGCGAAGCCCGUGCGGGCGAAGCGGACAGACCGGCAGCCCCGCAUUCCCGAUUCCUGCUUUUAACGCCUGGCGUGCCCCGGCUUGCGGCGGCACCGCGGUGGGACCGGGCCCCUCUAGCAAGGCCGUCAGCCGCCGGUUCCGCUGCGCUGCCCGUGGCACGGGCCUCGUCUGGGUCGCGGGUUUCUGUGUCCGUUUCGUUAACGCUCCGGAGAACGCGGCGGGGCUACCCACGGUGUGAACGUUCAGCCCCGCACUGGGCGUUUCGCCAUCUUCCGCAGGAGCCCGUGCGGGCUCCCGGAGCAGCGCAGGCGGCGAUGGGAGCUCGGUGAGGGCCGGCGGCGGGGGCAGCGCCCUGUGCUCCUCCCGCCGGGUGACCGGGAAGCUCCCGAGAUCCCUGCGUGCCCGUCAGCCCGUCCGGCAGAUUCAGUCUGGUGAAGUUCUACCACCCCGUCUUACAAAACUAAGGCAAGCGCCCGUUUGUGCUUUUCAGAGGAAGGAUGUCGCCAAGGCACCUGAAGGAAGCCUUUAUCAGCAACUUAAACGGGACGAGUUUGCUGGAAAUCUCCGUGGGCUUGUCCCUGCCUCCGCUCUGCCUGCUCUGCAGGGGACUCCUCUUGAUUUUGUAUUACCUCAACUAUGGCAAACCUUUGAGUUCAAGGAAACAGAGCCUGCUGCUAGACUUCCUUGUGCUAGUAUCUCCCCUCCUCUUCUCCUGUACAGUCUUGUCUCCCAUCAUCUUUUUCAUGCCAGCUAUCAUUGCGGCCUUCUGUGCUGGAGUAUUUUCUAAAAUAUACAGCCAAAGGAAACGCAAGACCAGAGUGUCUUUUAGGCAAAUUGUAAAAGACUUCCAAAAGAUGUACUUGGAUCCGGAAUACAUUCCAGCAGUAACUGUGUUUCGUGUUUACAUCAAUGUGUUGACAUCAAUCAGCAUUUUAGCAGUGGAUUUCCCACAGUAUCCAAGGCGCUACGCCAAAGCCGAGACCUAUGGAACAGGAGUUAUGGAUUUGGGGGUUGGAGCUUUUAUUUUUGGCAACGCUCUUGUUUGUCCUGAAGUUAGACAAAAGUCUCCUGUGACGCAACCAAGAUUUUCCAGUCUGGCCAGGCAGUUCUCCUCCGUUUGGCCACUGAUUUUUCUUGGCAUUGGACGACUGCUUAGUGUUAAAUCUAUAGAGUACCAUGAACAUACUUCAGAGUAUGGAGUGCACUGGAAUUUUUUCUUUACCCUAGCAUUUGUGAGGCUUGCAGCUUCACUACUUUUAGCCAUAUUUCCAAAAAAGAACUCUUGGAUUGUGGCUAUAAAUCUCGCUGUGCUUUAUCAGCUUAUUCUUAAUGCUACCUCUCUGAAGAUGUUUAUCUUGCACGGGAGCAAUGGCAGAAAUACUAGGGUUGGCUUUUUAAAUGCCAACAGGGAAGGACUGCUCUCUCUGUUUGGCUACCUAGCCAUAUAUAUGGCGAGUGUCCAAGUGGGACUCUGCCUGCGGAAGUGCAGAAACUCAGUCAAAGGCUGGAUUGAAGCAGUGUGUUUCUCACUGCUCACAGUUCUCGUGCUCUUCGUAUUUCUUCAUGUGUCGCAAGUGUACGCGGAGCCUGUGUCCCGCCGGAUGGCUAAUCUGUCUUUUUGCAUAUGGGUGGUUGCUCACUGCCUGACUUUAUUUACCUGGUUUGUAGUGACUGAUCUCAUGCUGGUGUUCACAAAGCUUCUUGUGAAGGGGUCCAGCGUGCCCUGUUGCUGGAAUGUUGUAAGGUCCCCUAAUACUGGUAGAAAGCAUGAACCGGAGGCCAUGCCUAUCGGAAGGGAAGGCAAGCUGUCACACCUUUGCCUGAUUAGCGCUAUUAAUAAAAACCAAUUACUGUUUUUCUUGCUAGCAAACGUUAUGACUGGUACUGUGAAUAUACUGAUAGACACGCUCCACAGCAAGACUGCAUUUACAUUAUGUAUACUACACUUCUAUAUGUUUUUUAACUGUUUAGUUAUGUAUAUGUUACAUGCCAGAAAUAUAGUAUUAAAGUUCUGGUGAUUCCGCUCUGUCUUAA